AUGUCAUCGGAAGGCCUUGACCGCUCAUCGCUGUUCUCAGUCAAAGGGUUGGUGGCGGUAGUCACAGGUGGAGGGACUGGAAUUGGCCGGAUGAUAGCCACGGCCCUGGAGAACAACGGCGCCAUCGUAUACAUCGUGGGCCGUAGACUACAAGUCCUAGAAUCAACUGCAAAAGAGGCCAACAAAUACGGAAAGAUAUUCCCCCUCCAAGGCGACGUGACCAGUCGUGAGUCCCUGCUGGACAUGGCCGCGACUCUAGAAGCGAAACACGGUUACAUCAACUUGCUCGUCAACAAUUCCGGAAUAUCAUACCACGACCUCAAGCCGCCCGUCAUUCGUCCGGGGGCGACGAAAGAAAACAUUACGGACUUGCAGGCACGGCUCUGGGCUGCAGGAACGCCUGAAGACUGGGCGAAGACGUUCGAACUGAACUGUACGGCAGUGUACUGCUGCACCGUUGCCUUCCUGGGACUCCUAGACGCGGGAAAUAGGCAGGGAGGCAUCGAAGGCGUCACGAGCCAAGUCAUAUCUGUCUCGAGUGUUUCUGGGCUGAGAAGAGACCCAUCGGCUUUCAGCGUCUCGUACAGUAUGAGCAAGGCUGCCGUGAAUCACCUGGGGAAAAUGAUGGCGAAUAUUCUGCGCGAUCAGAAGAUACGAAGCAAUAUCAUCGCGCCUGGUCUAUAUCCCUCCGAAAUGACAGCGCAACUUGUGUCAGAGGACUUUAUACAAAACGGCAUCCCUCUACAGCGGGCGGGAGAUAUUAAGGAUAUGGGGGGCUUAGCCCUGUUUCUCGCUAGUAGGGCCGGAGCAUACGUGAAUGGGACUAUUCACAUAACCGAUGGUGGCAGGCUCGGUCUCUUCUCCUCUACUUACUGA